GCAGACAGUUCUAUGUCAGACGUUCAGUGAUAGGGGACCCGGCUGGCUGCAGCCACCAUGCUCCUGAAGAUACUCUGCUACCUGCUGCCCGAAUUCUUAGUCGAUCUUACGUUUGUGACUCUUCUCCUGGGCCUAGUCGGGGCCGUUCUGUUUUUACGAUGGAUGAGCGAGAAAAGGACCAAGAUGAAGAUCAAGAGAGCGCAAACUCAGAGAGACAACGCUCUGGAGAUGAUGGAGAAGAUGACUCUUCGCAGUAAGACUCGGCAUGGGAACAUUGAUCCCAGCCGGAUCCUCUCCCUGUCCCUGGCAGAGCUUGUGGAUGAGCUGAAGAAAGGUUCCCUGAGCCCAGAGGCUGCCCUACACGUGUACAUGGAAAAGGCUUUGGAAGUGACAAAGGAAGUGAACUGUGUGACGGACUUCCUGGAAGAUUGUGAGACGCAGCUGCAGGAGGUGAAGAAGCAACAGAAGAAAGGUCUUCUCUAUGGAGUACCCAUGACUCUGAAGGACCAUGUCGGAUAUAAGGGACAUAACUCACACUGUGGUCUUGUCCAUUAUCUUGGAGUGGAUGAGGCUGAGGACAGCGUUCUUGCGCAAGUGUUGAAGAAACAGGGUGCCAUUCCCUUUGUGAAGACCAACAUAUCCCAAUCCAUGAUGAACUUUGACUGCAGCAAUUCCAUCUAUGGACAGACCUUGAAUCCUCACAAUCACAAGAAGACUUGCGGAGGAUCGAGCGGGGGUGAAGGCGCUCUGAUUGCAGGAGGUGGAGCAAUCCUUGGAGUGGGCAGUGACGUUGUGGGAAGUAUCCGAGUGCCCUCCAGCUUCUGUGGAAUCUGUGGGCUGAAACCUACUGGGGAUAGACUGAGUACGCUGGGAUUUGCUUCUCCGAUCAGUGGGAUGAAAUCAGUUGUGAUGAUGCCUGGACCGAUGGCACGGGAUGUGGACAGUCUGGCCUUGUUUAUGAAAGCCGUGCUGUGUGAUGACAUGUUCCAGCUGGAUCCCACUAUCCCUCCAGUCCCUUUCAAAGAUGAGAUUUAUAACAGCUCAAGACGCCUGACAAUUGGGUUUUACGACACUGAUGGAUACUUUCUCCCCCACCCAAGCAUGAGACGGGCCAUCCAGGAAACCAAGACCCUCCUAGAGGAAGCCGGACACACGCUUGUACCAUUCACCCCACCGAGAACUGAAUACGCACUCAAUGAACUCGUUUUACGAGGAUUCUUUGCAGAUGGAGGAACGACACUUGUGGAUAAAUUUAAAGGCGACAUUGUGGAUCCAAACCUGAAACAGCAGAUUUUCCUGUAUAACAUCCCAGUCAUUGUGAAGAAAAUUGUGUCCUUAUUUAUGAGACCUAUGUUCCCAAGAAUUGCAAAUCACUUGGAAGCGCAUUGUGGAGUGAGCUCUGUGAAAGACCUGUGGAAACAUUACACAGCAAUUAAGGAAUAUCGUUGCAAUUUCAUCAAUGAGUGGAAGAAACUUGGUCUGGAUGCACUACUUUGUCCUAUGCUGAGCCCAGCCUUCAACAUUGGUCACCCGGGAAAACUUUUUGCCGGUUUUGGUUUCACCAUGCUAUACAACAUGCUGAACUUUCCUGCCGGGAGUCUUCCUGUGACCACUGUGACUCCUGAGGAUGAGGAAGAGCUGAAACAUUACAAGGGCUACUAUAAUGAUCUCUGGGACAAAGAGUUUAUUAAGGGAAUGGAAGGUGGUGUUGGGCUCCCCGUUUCAGUGCAGUGCGUAGCAUUACAGUGGCAAGAGGAACAGUGCCUUCGCCUAAUGAAGGAAGUGGAGACCGUGACCCGUGUUCGUAAAAGCCAUCUUAACUGAAAUGUGACAAGACUCAGCCAUGAUACUUAAAAGCAACUUACUGAUAUCUGACAAACCCAUUUAUACAAAGAGGGACUGUGGGGGCAGAUAAUUAGUGGGACAGUUUAUUUGUACACCUGCAUGAAACUAUUAAAACUCCCAGGGGUCUUCAUUACAUGGGGAUAGAGCUUAAAUAAAGCAGUUGGGUCCAUUAGAUAUUACAGACUGGAAAACAGAUCAUUCUAAUAAUAUUCAAUACCUCAACUAUUACCAGACCCCCAUGCUAUGCUAUCAGCAGGGUAAUGCAGUCGAUCUUGUCUUUAUCACAAUAAAAACAGUUUGUCCAAAAUAGUUGCUGGCCAUACCACUCAUCAUAUCGAUCAUGUUGCAACUAUACUACUUACCAAUUACUCCCCCUACCCGCCUCCUAGCACUCUCCUCCCAUGCCAGCCAUUCCACUCACCUCCUCAAUCCAGUCAACCAUAUUGACUGCCAGUGCCAACCAUUCAUUCUUCACCAGUUACUCUGAUCCAACCAUACCACUCAACUCCCACUCUUCCACCAACCAUGCUGGUCAGUCGCCUUUCACCUGCCUACCAGUCAGCCCUUUCCUCCUCAAAUCGUCUGUACUACCCGGCUCCUCUUCCUCCCACCAUCUGUACCACCCAGUUCCUCUUCCUCCCAUCAACUGUAUAACCUGGUACCACUUCCUCCCACUAACUGCACCAACCGGCUCCUCUUCCUCCAACCAACUGUACCACUCGGCUCCUCUUCCUCCCACAAACUGUACCACCUGGCUCCUCUUCUCCCAUCAACUGUACGACCUAGCUCCACUUCCAACCACCAACUGUACCACCUACCUCCUCUUCCUCCGACCAACUGUACAGCUUGUCUUCUCUUCCUUCCACCAACUGUACUACCCAGAUCCUUUUCCUCCCACCAACUGUACCAUUCCACCUGGUGAGCAGAGAACAGAAUAUAAAGAAGACCAAUUAUUUGCCAGAGAUAAUGAGAGUAAUGGAUAUAGAUUAUAGCAUCCAGUAAUGAUGAAUUAAACUUGUUCUUGAAACUAAACAGUACCCCCAAUAAAAUGGGAGUCAGGUGAUGUAAUGAUGCUUGUAAUGGUGCUAAUUACUAGGACUGUUAUUAAAUGACCUGAAGAUUCAA